UGUGGCUGAAUGGUGCAAUUUAAUAAAAUAUCUGAGAGAGAGGACUGACAGGAAAGAAGGAAUUGGCCAGAUGAAAUGAGGCGGCCAUUCGGCAUUCGUCCUGAUCCGUUCCCUGUAACCUUUUGGUCCUUCUCGACGCAUCCAUGAGACUCUGGUGCCUUUGUACAGAUGUCAAUUUUGGCAAACGCAAUAGAAAGGUAGCAAGCCUCCCCAUCCGCCCUUUCCAUGGCCCCCCCCUGGCACUUAAGAUGUUUUCUUGGCAUUUUAAGGUUUGCGGGGUAAUGUGAUGGACGGAUACCGACCCGAUGAUUCGUUGCCGCCUUGGCCACAAUAAUGAUACAUUUUCCCGAUAUGGUUCUGGGUGGAGAAUCCUACUGUUGCUUCUAGGAUAUCAUACCUUUAUCUGUAACGGCUAUGGAAGAUGAACAGAGGAAAGAUGAGAAUGGCGAGUUCCUUGUCUUGAUUUGUGAGGGCAAGAAGUUUCAUGUUCGGAAAACCGACCUAUUCACACAGUCCAAGAGAACUUACGAGAUGAGCGAGGAUUCUCUGUUCAUUGUCAACAAAAUGAUUGACUACGUUAAUAAUGGGGACUACGAUGUUUCGGCAGUACCCAAGAUCGAAGAACAGAACAUAUCUGCGCUACAAUUUCAUGCAAGAAUGUUUCCUUUGGCCGACAAAUACGCCGUCGACAUCCUGAUAUCGCUAUCAGCAGCGAAGUACUUGGAUAGACUUAGAAACUCGGAAAUCGUUGAAUUUCUUGGAUCUAUUCCGGCUUACGCAAGGAUCAAUCUGCUGCAGGGUCUGGGAAACACGCCUGCUAGACAGAUCUAUGAAGGCAUCGUGGGUACGACUCCGGAAUUCAUAAAGGAACUUCUAGACUCGUAUAUGGAGACUCCCAUGAUAGGAAAAUGUUGGGACUGCGGCAGUUAUCGAGCAUUACAGGGAGUACAAAGCCGCUGCUUGCAGUGUGGCCAUGACACAACCCCCACAACGUGCUGAUAGGAGAGGAAGAGAUGAAUUUGUUCAAACUUCGUUCUGUGAUGUAUUGUCUGUCAUCAUGAUAAAGGUAGCAAG